UCAGCUGGGAGCACUCAUUAAAUGAACGCGGAACCAGUCUGCAAAAUUGACACUUCUAAGAAUUUUAUGGUUGCUAAAGUACUUGAAUUAUGUUGGCAUUGUUAAAUACGGGACAGGUCCACAUAACUAUUAAUUUAGACAUUUUUAAAGACAAACAAACUGAACCAUAGCAAAAAAAAUAGAAGUUGUUGUUUUGUAGCAGCUCUUACAUCUGUGUUCGUUUUUCAUUUUUCUGAUUCCAUUCAAUCAGGUUCUGCCUCUAAGUCCAGUCUCAAAAAGGAUGAAACAUGUAUGGGUUGUGUCCAUAACGAGACUGAAGUUAGGUGAGUAUGCUUGGCAGCGAAAUAGGUGCAGCGUGUCAUGUGGCCUGUGCCACAAGCUGGGCAGAUGUUCUACACUUCGCUGUUAAUCCGGGCCAAAUAGGAAUUUAGGCGGCUGCACCAUCCGGAUCGUAAUUGAGCCAAAACUACUAGGGUUUGUCCGGGCAGCUCUCGUUCUUUACCUGCGACGGGAGGGGAUGGUCUCCUAUCACAGUAUUCACUCUAUAUCCAUCAAUGGCUUCUGAGACCGCAUUAGAGUGAAUACUAUUCAGUCCCGCUUAAUGGGCUGGUAGAUCUAGAGGAUCAUGAAGGUCUUUCCUAACGUGCAUGGGCGGAGGUUGCCUAUCCACAGGAUAGUGAUUCGGAUGGCUUUGUCUACAACACCCAACCUGGUAUUGCAUUGACAGCAUUUUGUUAUGCUGUCGCACCGGUAAGACCUUCGCCUCCUUAUGUAGGUGAUCGACAGGUGUCAUGGGAAUCCCACGCCGGCCGGUUCUAUGCACCGGAUUGACUCGGAGGUACAAAUCUCCGACCAGGGGCCGCCAACCCAGAAGCACCAUAGCUGUUGGUGUUUUGUAGAGUAAUACAACGUUCUUUUUUUCUAUUAUUAGGAUAAAAAUGCUCAAAAAAAGUGUAAUUCUAUCAAAAAGUGAAAUUUUGUAUAAAAAAGUGUAUGCCAAAAAUGGAAUUAAGUCACAAAACGUCGAAUUUAAUAUUAGCAUUACUAUAGAAUCAAAUAAGCUGGGGUUUGCUGCUAACUGUAAUAAAAUCAAACAAUAAUAAAAAUAUGAAAGUGUACAGUUAAAAUAUUAUAUGGCAGUGUUACCUAAAAUUCGACUUAGCUUAUACAAAUAUUCAACUUCCCAUGGUACAAUAAGGAGGUAGAGCAGCUUCGUAAAACUACAGAAAUACAGCCCUGAUGCUAUGCCCGCUUCCUGUCAGACUCGUUCAAAUUUAUAUACAGCAAGUUGUUUUAAUUUUUUAAAUGAUUUUUUAAAAUGGGUUGUCCCUCAAAAAUUCGAUCCAAACUGUUUAAUCUUUCAAUUUAAUGGCCAAAAUGGUUCAUAGCUUUUAUGCGCGAACCGCAAUGUACGUGUUUUUCAAUCAUUGGUUUUGAAAAUAUUUUGUUUUCAUUUUUCAAAACAAUAAAUACAUACAAAAAAUUGGCAGAAGUCGGGCUCUUUAAGAAAAAAAAUUGUAAUCAGCUGGUAGUUCUACCAUACCUUUUUAUUGUACCAUGCAACUUCCCUACUGUGGUAAAAUAUUUAAUACAGCCCCUUGUAGAAUUAAGAAGGUUAUGUCAUGCAGACUUUGUCAAAAUAUAUAUUUAUGAAUUCAUUGUACAUACAAAAAUCAAAGAAGCGAAACUGCUUUCUAUGCAGUGAAAUUUGACAAGGUAAAUUACAGAAAAUGAAGUGACUUUACAUUCUUAGUUUAACCAUGGUACACCCAUACUAAUACACCAUGUCUAUAUCUUAGAAUCUACAAAAUAAAAAGGUUGUAAAAACUGUUACUUUUCUAAAUUCACUCAACUUUAAUAUUUUCCAAUUACAUUUACAUUUUUGUAGCCAAAAUUUCUAUUUAACUGUUAAGUCCGGGAGCAAGCCUUUAUAAUGUGUCACAAAAUAUGCCAAGCUGCUUAUGUACCCACACUUUAAGACAAAUGCUCUGUACCAGAACUGCAAGAAUGUAAAACUUUUAUUACGAUAAACGAUUAGCGAUUCGCAAAACUAGUACAUUCUCGCAGGUUGUGGAACAGAGCAAAUAAUAGUUCUAUAUUAAACUAAUCAUUCACUGUACAUAUUUUGUUAUCGAAAUGAAAUAAGUCUCAAUAAAUCGAUUACUUGACUUAUUUGGGUCGACAGACAGAAGUUAGCCGGGUUUUCAAUAUAACAAUUAAAAAAAGUCGAAAAAUGAGGCGUUCUAAAGCACCAUCCAUGCUAAAUAAGACCAAACGUUUCUGUGACCAGGGCAGCAACAUUCAUGAAAAUUCCGACCCAGAAGAUGAAGUUUCCCUAAAUUGGGGUUCCAGGGGCAAUACAUCAGCUGCCAAUGAUAUGGGCAGAACUAACUGGCGAAUAUUUAAUGUGGUGUGGCGAGAUGUCACCACAAAGAAACAUAAGACAUGGAAAGGAGAUGGUACAUUGGAAGUUAACACUUGCUCUUUGAAAGCUGUUCUCAAAGAUGAGUUGGGCAAGUAUAUGGGUUGUAGCACUAGAUUCAAAUUAUCCGACUUAAUAGAAGAAUAUGAAAUGGUAAUUGGUGGAAAAGAAAUUCAAAUACAAACUGAAAUUAAAAAUGAGGAUGAAAUAUUCGUACUUCGUAAAAAACAAGUAACCAGUCGCAAUUGGGGUUCAGAAGAAUAUGUGUCGCCGGAACAACAAGCUGAAGAACAGAAAAAGCCUAAAGGAGGAUUUUAUUUUAGGCCUAUAGCGGCAUUAAAGCCGCCAAAGGACCUGAAAUCGUUGGAAACAUUCCGAAAGCAGCUGCGAAACUUAAAUCCCACAGAUAAAUGGGGCACAAAUCCAAGUUCUCUUUGUCAUAACAAUCAUGCUGAAUUUAAAAAUGGAGUAAGCUCAUCGUCAUCUUCAACACAAAAUAAGUCAUAUAAGUUGCGAAACAGAAUUUGUUUUGUUAGGCCUUCAGAGUUACAACAAUAUUUAUUUCAGCAAAUUUGUGAAUACUGUAAUGAAAAUAAAGAUAACUUUGAAACCGAUAUCCUUCGGGCGCUUAAUAUUUCGAAUAUUUUGCAACAAAUCUGCAAUCAUCCAUCAUUUAUUAAGCACAUUUCCAGCACUAAUGAUCUCAUAAAAUAUCUUUCAUCGGUAUUGCCCGUCUGGUCAGAUAUGGGACCUUUUGACUCAGGAAAGCUUGAAUUUCUGCAAUACUAUAUGCAAACAUAUUCUGGUGCCAAGGUUAAGGGGAAGUUUAUAGUUAUUGCUAAAAAUACAAACACUAUAAACAUGAUCCAUGGUUUGUGUGAUUUUAUGAAUCUAAAAUGUUUGCGCCUAAGUGAAAAUGAUGCAGCGGAUAGCCUGAAAAAUUACUUGUCUUCAGCAACAGAACAAGAACCAUCUAAGGUAUUGCUAAUACCAAACGUUAGAAAUUUACUCAUUUGUGGAGCAGAUAAUAUACAAAAAGAAACAAUUAUUGUGUUUGAGAAUGUUGCCGAAACCAUGGAGGCUUUGAAAAAUAGAGACGAUUUACAUGAACUAAAUGUUUUUUACUUAAUAACGGCUUUUAGUCUCGAGGAGAGUUAUAUUCUUCCUUCAAUAACUUUGGAAGAAAUAAUAAAUUUAUAUUCUGUUGAUUUCGAUGAUACAUAUUGUUAUGUACAUACACAAAUCGAAUGUAAUUGCAAUGAAAACUCCGGAAAUAGUUCUUACGCAACACAUUUUUGCAACUGGCAACAUUUAAAUGCACCUUUCGAUGAAAAUAUUCUUAAGGUAUGUAAAUCACACAGAAAACAAUCAACGAAAUGUAUUGUGGAAGCGAAAACAUUUCCUUUUAUCUAAAGCACAGAAUGAUCGACUGCAUUGAUUCUAAAUGACAUCGGUUUGGCCAACUCGUCGGACAAUCUUGUAACGAUUUUUUCUUCAAAAGAAUACUAGAUCUAUAAUUUCUUUUUUAAUAAUUACUUAUUACAGAAGUAUUAGUUUGUUCAAAUUUUCGUCCAAAACUGUUUAUUUUAUAUUAAAAGGUUUUAUUUAGCUCA